CUCUGCUUUUUCAAUCAGGUGACGAAGCUUAUGGAAAAAAGACCAAAGGCCUCGAGGGAUGUUCUUCUUGACCCCCCGGGGCAAACGGAGGUGUCAGCGUCAGGAGCCAUCCUAACUGAGGCCCCGGCUCCCUGUUUCCCUUCGGUCGCCGUGGAUGUGCCGGACGCCUCUGGCAGGACUAACCCUGUGGCUUUUAUGUCCAACGUGCUGUGCUGUGUGUGCCUGCAGACUGAAUGCACUCCCUUUAUUCACCUUUUCAGAGAGUAUCGGCCAGAAUACGAGCGCCUGAGAAAAACACUGAAUCCACAUGUAAAUCUUUGUCUACGGGAGAAAGCUCAAAAUAAACAAAAGAGAGAGCAGCUGGAACACUUGUGGAAGGACAUGGGCAGCGUGUGUGUGCAGGGCAGCACACUGGCAGAAUUGCCACGAGAGGAAAUACUUCAGAGGGGCUUCCCUCCAGAUAAGCCCUGAAUGUGCCAGGAGGUUUCAGCCGGGAGGAAAGGAGCUGUGGAAGAAAAGCAGCCUAAAAAUAGCCAGUGGGGAUCAUCAGGUUUUCCAGCCAAGAAGAACAAGGAGAGAGAUGAGGGAAUUGGGUUCCAAUUCCUAAUGAUUUGGUGGGUGCAGGAAGGAUUUGUGUGUGUUUUCCGGUCCCUUUUGAUUCCUGGGAUGAUUUUAAAAUGAUGGCUUUAGCAAUCAACUAAAUUGGAGAUGUUGUUUUUGAGAGGAAAUGAUGCCAAAUAAA